CAAAACAAUCAUGUAUUAUUCAUGGACCAUACCAAAGUGGAAAGACCUCCUUAUUGUUAGAAAUAAGAUCAUUACUCAUGGGUGAAAGAAAAAAUUUUGUGUAUUUUGAUAUGACAACAGUGACCAGGAUAACAAAACCAACAGAAUCAAGAAGAUCACAAGAUUUACAAAAUGAAAAUUUCAAAAUCAUAUCAUAUUACUUUUUUAAAGAAACCCUUACUGAUAAGCUCCUUAAUGUAGCUAAAGAUUUCUUCCGAUCAAUCUCAAUCUCUGAGAAUCUAAUUUAUAUUGGUGUAGGUACCUCUAAGCUCAUGGAUUUGAUGGAUGAUGAUGGAAAAGGUGAUGAAGAAUGUAGUGAGGACCUCAAUCCACCUUUUAACAAGGCUAAAUUCAUUAAAAUGGAACCAUUCAAUGUUGAAGAGAUGGGUAUGCUUUUUUCUUCAUAUGAAAAAAGGUUCAACCCAGAAGGUGUUCCUAUCUAUUUGCAGAAUAAGAUUAUACAAGAAUCUUGUGGUCACCCAGUUUCUUUCAUGAUCUUGUUAAAGCUCUUUAAUGAUUUUAGUCCAGACUCUGAAACUAGCUGA